UGUCUGGAGCUGAGUGAGAAGUAAUGUGAGGUAGGACUAAGGUUUGGACUGAACUCUGAGACUGAAGAACAUCAGCUUCUUUCUUGUUGGGAGAACUGGACUGAAACAGCGACCACAACUUCUUGCCAUGCUUCCUGGGGGUUUCAAGAAAGACUCGAGAGUCUGGCUCCACAAGAACACGCACACAUUCCAGAAGAGGGCUCCGGUGGCGGACGGUUUGAACCCCAACCCCCUCACAGGCAAGGAUGACGCCUACUACGACCCAGGCCAGGAGGAAUCCCUUCGAGAACCUUCCCCUCUCAUCACAGACGCAAGUGGCCGGGUGUUCAAGAAGGACAGCCGAACCUGGCUGCACAAGUCUUCUGUGCGAAAUCUGGCCGAGUCGGUGACUUCCGGUGCCAUCCGAAUAGCGUCUGCCGCGAAGGCAGCUCGACGUCUGCGGGGCAAUACGCAGCACCCCCUGGAACUCUGCACCGGCGACGUCGGGGUGCCUUUGAGGACUGGGCUCGUGCGCACGCGCAGUAGCACAGAAAUGGUACAAAAUCGGUCCAACAUGGCCAGGCAAAGGAACAAGAUGGCACUAACAGAAGAACAAGCUGACCUCGGCAGUAAGACAUGUGACGUAGUACAAAGGGGCAGACGACACAAGGGUGUUCCUUACCAUGGCAUCAAGAUUGUGACGAGAGAGGGAAGGGAGAUCCUGCCAUUCUCCACUGAUUACUGUAUCGUGCAGAAGAAAGCGCCAAGUCGCACUCACCAAAACAGCAGCGGGUCGGACACGGACAUGGACGAGUGUGACGACACCGAUGGCUACUGUGGCGACGAAACGACCAACGAAGACGAGAACGACUACAACGGAAGCGACAGAUCGCCCGAGAGGUGCACGCGCUCCGCCAGCGGUUCUCUGUCCUGUAGCCCGGACGUAGUCGUAGGCUUUGGCGUAGGCGCAUGCAGGGCGAUGUACACCAACAGCGCUGUGGAGGUGACCAGGGACGGGCUCAGGCAGCUCGAGAGGCUGAUGCAGCAGCAACUUCAGAGGAGACCACGUGAUGACAACCAACCAAUGGACACGCAGAGUGAAACUGACGUCACUCUGGAGAAACGAUUCACCAGUCCGGUCAACUCUUACGUCAGCCUGGAUGCCUGUGUGAGCUUGUCUGAUGAGUGUAGCAUCGAGAGCUGCAAGCCGAGACAGGGGGCGGGGUCACCGGAAGUACAGUCCACUCCCAAAGUUCCACUUCUUCGUGUCCUUCCGCCGGAAUCACAGCCCGCCUCUGACCUUUGACCCAGUGCUGCAGAGGAAAGACAGUGAACGAAAUUACAUUUGUGUACUAUAAUAUGCGAGCAUGUGUGUGUUGAGCGUGUUUUGUAUGUGAUACUCAGGGGGGGG